AUGCAGCACCGCCAAACACCGGAAAGGAACCUGUCAACUGAUGAAAAAACUGACAGCGGCGAACCCGCACGGCCAGCCACAGCACAACACAAUCAAUUCCAGCUUUAUCAGCUUGCAGACAAAUGCUAUUGUCUCUGCACGGAAAUGACGAAUAGAAGAAGGUACCGCAGGUCGCGGCGGCUAUCUCGGUCGAGGCGCAUGGAGACUGAAGAAAACAGCCAUCCUGGAAGAAGACUUCCAACAUCCGCUGCACGUCGUGGAAGUUUCGCCUCUGAACAUUCAGAAGAUUGGAUGAUGCACUCGACCAGAGAUCCGCCGGUGUGUGGACGAUCUCCUUCACCUCCUUGGAGCAGACUGCUGUGCACACACCGCCCAAGGCACACAACAGGCACCAGUUUCUAA